AUGGUUUUCUUAGGUGCAUGUAAUCCAAAACGAUGUAAAAAUAGCAAGACUUCAUUCGAUGACGAUAUCGGUAUUAAGAAAGAUCGUUACGAAAUGCAACGAUUAACUGAUAGCUUCGGUACAUGUUUACUCUAUAAUGUUAUUUCAAUUCCUGAAACGAUGCUUGAAUUUGUUUGGGAUUAUGGUUAUUUGAAUAAUGCGAUCGAAGCCGAAUAUAUCAGAACAAUGCUCUAUACAUGUCAAGGACUUUUUAUUGAUAUGGAUUGGUUUACACAAAUGACUAUACUCUUAGUACAAUCUCAAGACUUCUUUCGACGUCUUGAAGAUGUAAGUAGUGUAUCAUUACGAGAUGUGGCAAGAUUUUGUCGUCUCUACAAUUGGUUUUUUCAAUCAGUGCCUUCAUAUGAAAGUGACAAAACAAUUGAACAAAAUCCAUUGGCUUUAUUUCAACGUGCUAGUUUACUUGCUCUGUCACUUUGCUACUAUUUUCGUUUAAGUUCACCAAGUCAUCGGAAAGAAUAUAUUGAUCUAAUGGAUAGAUGUUUAAAAGCUUAUAAAGUGAAUCUCCCAGACCUUUCAGUACUUUUGCAAGAUGAACGACAACAAUUGAUUAAAAAAAUGGAAUUGCCAAUAGGUACAGCAAGAAAUCAUGCAUUGACUGAUAACAUUUUCGUUCUGGUUACCUGUAUAGUUAAUCACAUUCCUGUGAUUCUUUGUGGAAAACCUGGUUGUAGUAAAACGUUAUCAGUUCAAAUUGUUAUUAGCAAUCUCAAGGGCAAAAAAUCGAAACAUCCAUUUUUUCAAACAUUACCUGAAUUAGUUCGUGUUUCUUAUCAGGGUGCACAAAAUUGUACAUCUGAAAGUAUUAUCGAAGUAUUCAAAAGAGCCGACAAAUACACGAGAGUUAAAAGUGAUACGCCUAUAUUACCGGUGAUUGUAUUCGACGAAAUUGGCCUUGCUGAAUUAUCACCACAUAAUCCAUUGAAAGUAUUACAUAGUGAAUUAGAAGUGGAAACAUGUCAAUAUGGUUUUGUUGGACUAUCUAACUGGCGUCUUGAUGCGUCGAAAAUGAAUCGUACUCUCUAUUUAUCUUGUCCUGAACCCGAUGUAGACGAUUUACAAUUGACUGCUAAAGCAAUUUCAUCAUCGAUAAUUUCAUCCCAAGGUAAAAUGAUUCAAUUAAGUGAUUCGAUUAUUAAAGGUCUCUGUGGUGCUUAUUCUGAACUAUGUAAAUACAUGAAGAAAGAAUCAGAUUAUCAAUAUAUGAAUUAUUUUGGUUUACGUGAUUAUUAUGCAUUGAUCAAAGGUGUUGCAUGGGAUGCUGUUCGAGCAUCAGACGACGAUAAUCCAUAUGAAAGUAUUCGACGACAAUUACAAAUUAAUUUCGAUGGAACUCAUGAUGGAUCAGAAUUUAUUUGGAGUCAAUUUUGUAAACUGACAAAUCGACAAAUUCUGAUGGACCAAUAUCGAUCCCCAACAUUUAAACAAUUGCUCGAUCAUAGCCUAUCGUCACGUACAAAUCGUUAUCUUAUGUUAAUCAGUGAAAGUGAAAGUGUAAUCGAUUAUGUUGAACGAUAUAUUAUUAACAAACAGUAUGAACAACAACAACUUGUUCGUACUAUUAUUGGUAGUUGUUUACCGGGAGAUUUUAUUUCAAAUUCGAAUACAAUCUAUACCGAACAAUACAAUCAUCGAGCAUUAAUGGAUGUUUUCUUGUAUACAGAAACAAAAGUCACAUUAUUAAUGCGUCGAAUGGGUCAUCUUUAUGAUAAUUUAUAUGAUUUGUUCAAUCAAAAUUUUGCUGUGUCUAAUCGAAAAAAAUUUUGUCAAAUUGGACUCGGUACUUAUCGUCCUCGUUGUACAGUUCAUGAUGAUUUUUAUUGUGUCGUAUUUAUUAAACAGCAAGAUUUAUACAAAUGUGAUCCACCAUUCCUUAAUCGCUUUGAAAAACAUGUUAUUGAUAUGAAAAGUCUUGUUCAUCAACGUCAUUCAAUCGUUACCUCGACUCUAUUACAAACUCUUGUAGAUCUAUUACCGACGAAUUUUCAUAAACAUUUUCCACUGCUACAACAUCUUAUUGUCGAUUAUAAUGAGGAUUAUAUUUGCAAUAUGGUUAUUGAUGCUUUUGCUUAUCUCAAUCUUUCUGUCGAUGAUGACAGAGACGAAGAUAAUCGAGCCGUUAUCGCUCAUUGCCAAAAGGAAUUGCUUUAUACAAGCUCAUUGGAUUUUCCUCUUGUCUUGUCGUUGAGAGCAGAUCAAAAUGAGAAUAUACGUCAUCUAAUUCAGCAAUACUAUGACAUUCACACUGAUCUUUCAUUUUCCAAUCUUGUAAAUCAAGCUUUAGAAGAAUCGACAAUAUCUUAUCAUUUGAUUUACACCUACACUCAAUGGUAUCAUGAUAUUGAUUAUUCUUUUGUGAAUAAUGAUGAAAAUUAUGUUCAAGAAAUUAGAUUAGGAAAUUUCAAAACAGAAUUUGAAUUAACCAAUAGAAUUAAAGACCAUUAUCGUUCGACAAGUCAAGUUCGAUUGUUAAUUAUUCGUGUUGAUUAUCAUCAAGAACACAAUUGUAUUCUUUGGCUUAAACAUAUUGUCUUGAAUGAACGUAUUCCAACGAGUAAUCGUAGUGUUUGGCUUGUGUUUCAUCUUCAACGAAAUAUGCUCAAUCAAAUAGCCAAUGAAGUUCUCUUCAAUGGUUGGUUAAGUGUGAUGAUCGAUGAUCUUAAUAAGCAUAAACUUAUUUCUCAAACAAUUCUUUUGAAUCCUUCCUAUCGAGAACUUAUUAUUCAUCCAGAUUUUCAAUUAUCCGAACGAAUAUUUGAUGAAUUAAUUGAUAAAUCUUUAACGAAAUGUCGAUAUACAGUCAUUCAAAAUCAGCAAGAAUUCGAAAUAAAUUGUCGACGAAAUCGAAUUUUGGAUUAUUUAACAAAGAGUAACAAUGAACAUAAUAAAGAACAACAAUUAUUACGUUCAACAAUUCGAGAUCGUCUUUCAACGCUCAUACAUCUAGUAACAGUUCGUAAUCAUGAUCAACGUCGAUUUGUCGAUUGGCGUUAUGAUUUACUUUCGAACGCAACAAUAAUCGGUUCAUCUCGUUCGGUUGAUGAUGCUCUUCAGGCAACCCUUUCACUUUUCUAUGAAAAUGACAUCUUAUUACUGCUUGUUCAUCUAGAAAAGUACUCAUUUAUUGAUUCAUAUUUUUUCUAUCAAAAUGAAGCAAAUAUCGAUUUAAAAGAACAAUUUCGUCAAAUUUGGUUCGAUUGUUUAACAUCAACUUUUGAAAUAAUUGAUACAAGUAUCAUGAAUAUGGAUAUGAUCGAAAUUCAACUUGUUUUCAAUUUACAUUUUCCAUGUGCCACAGCUGAAUAUGAAAUUAUUCGACGAAUUCGUGAGACAAUGUCCGAGCAACGUCAUAAUGAAAAUCAGACUAACGAUAAUGAACUGAUUAGUCUUGCUAUAAAACAAUUAUAUGAUACCAGUGUUUAUGGACCGAAUAUUGAAAAAGUCAUCUUCAAAACACCCAAGGUGUUCAUGCAUUAUUAUCAUGAUCAAUUGAUACUGAUUCAAAAUGAAGCUCAAAGUUAUCAACUAUCGAUUCGAUUUAUCGAACAAUUGCUCACACUUAAUCCACGACGAACGAUCAAAGAUCGAAUGAAACAUUUACUUAUUGAUCAUAUUGAAUUGAUGGAAUUAUUAAAAAUGUUUGAGACUGGCAUUCAACUUAUUGGUGAAGAUUAUUUCAAAGUAGAAGAACAAUUUCAUAUCUACAAUGAAGAUGAUUCAAUGGAAACAUUUAAUCAUAAUCCAACUGAUUUCUAUCUUCUCAUUAUAGGAGAAGAAAAUUUUUAUCAUAUUCCACCCCGACAAUCAAUCGACGAUUGGGACAAAUUGAUUUUCGAAUGUGAUGGUGAUCCAUUUAUUGAAAUAAGUCUGAUGAAUCUAAUUGAAUUACUUGUUUCACCAACGAUUAUCAAUCGAAUUAAUAAUAUUGAUCAAUUAAUGAAUGUCUACAGUUCAAUAGUUCAAGGUGUUUUUGCACUUGAACAUUAUUCAGUUAAUAAUCUCGAAAAACUGCGAUGCUAUCUCAGUCUUAUGCGUUGUAUAUCUACUCUAUUACCAUCAGAUCAAGCAUCGAUUGUAUUCAAUCAAAUUUGUCAUGAAAAAAAAUUUCAUGGAACAUUUUUAACAUGUAAUAAUAUUCAUGAUUUUGUUGAAUAUCUCGAUCAAAUUAUUCGAUGUCAUAAUUCAGAUCAAAGUCGAAUAUUUAUUCGUCGAACAUUACUUAAACUUGAAAUAGAAUUUUUAAAAAAUUGGCUUGCGGAUAAUGGUGAUCAAUAUUGUGAUAUUCUUAAAUUGAUUCAAUCGACUAAUGAUUUAUGGCAAUAUUCAGCAAAAAUUUUUGCUCAUAUCGAUCGAAAACUUCAACUACGAUCGACAAUCGAAACGUAUCAUGGACAAAUUACAAUUGAUGAUAAAUAUCAAGAAAUUGAUCAAUAUUUACAAAAUUUUAAUGAUUCAAAAAGAAAAAUUCAACAUCUAAUGGUUAAUCAUAUUCAUCUUCAUCUUAUGUUGAAUGUUGAUAGCCAAGAAAAGAUUCAAGAAAUACUCCAAUCAUGUUUUGAUUACUUUCGAGAAAAUAUGGAAGAAAUUGAACAUGCUCAAUCAAAUCAGGGGAUUUUAUUUGUAAGUCAAAUGGCUUGGAUUAAAUAUUUUAUUCAAUUGUAUGCAUUUGCAUUAAAAAAUGAUGACCAUUAUGAAAUAAUGACAACUCUCGAUCAAUAUUUGACUCGAAACGAAUCAGCAUUUUGUUCGACAAUAAAAGUAUUUCUAAUCAAACAACUCUGUCAAUUGUUUAAUGUUACACUUCGUGAACUUCGUGGCAUAUUCAAUAAUCGAACGGUCACUUGGAUUUGUUCGAUUAUUCAACAAUCGGAAAAACAUGAUGAGGUAGAUUUUCGACGUAUUCUCAUUCUACCAAUACCACAAUUUGAGUAUUACAAGAAAUUUAUUCAUAUCAAUAAUACAUUAAAGAAUAAUAGAAAUGUUGCGUGUUGCCGACAAAUGAUUAUCGAUUGUUCGAAACAACAAAGUUCAUCAUAUUGUUUAUACAUUUGGUUUAUUCAUUAUUAUUAUUCAUGUUUUUCAAAGAAUAGCAAAGAAACCAAUAAACAAUUUGUUGAAUUGAUCACCGAAUAUGAUUUUCGAGAAAAACUAAUUGAACAUUUUGGCUUCAUUGGUUACUGUUUGUUCGUCUCCUUGAUAACUAAUUUUGUACAGGAUAAAAAUUCCUAUUUUCGAUUAACAUCCAGCAUGAGUGAUGACGAUAUCCAUCGUCGUCUAGUGGCACUCAAUAUGGCAGUAUUGGUUCUAUCAUGCAAAGCCCUGCAGGGAUCUACCUUUCUGGGUAGUCUCGUUUUUGAUACGACUCUUCAUUUUCCACAAGAUUAUGGUGAAUAUUUGAAAACAUCUGUUUGUUUGCCAGGUCUUAUUCCCAAUGAUCCGAUUAUAUCACAAAUGAUCGAUGUAAAAACACAAGUAACCGAACGUUUAGCAAGAAAAGAAAUAAAGGAUAAAGGAAAAUUUAUUUAUCAAUGUUCAACUAAUUGUGAUUGGUUGUUCUUUUUCAUGGAUUGUGGUGCACCACAUGCUCGUAGUAUUUGUCCACUAUGUAAGAACGAAAUCGGUGGUGAACGUCAUAAUAUUCUUCUUGUUCGCGAUCCACCACAAAUUCAAAUGACAAUUGCAGAAGGCUUUCAAUUUAUCGAUAAUUAUAUUGAAAAAUACAAUGAAAAACCUCGUUUUGGUUAUUAUAAUAUUACUCCAGCAAAACAAAGUAAUCUAUAUGAAAAAGGAUAUCAUCUUAAUCAAUCGAUCUCAUUUCGUUUUAUUCAUAUGAUGACACAUGCUGUUUUGUUACUUGCAUCUGAACUUCCUCUUCUACGCGAAGACAAACAACUCAAUCGUCUCUAUUUUCGAGAACAUUUCAAUAAGGAUUAUUCAUUAAUUUGUGAAGAAUCGACAACUCCAAACCAGUGUUAUGUAUGGCUUUUAUCUUUGAUCAAUCAGAUGUUGGAUAAACGCUUCAUAUUCAAUGGCCCAAUGGAUAAUAAUAAGAAGGUUGUACAAUUUGAGAAAUUUAUUGAAGAAAAUUUAAUUUAUUUUCAUAUCGAAUCGAUGGCCGAGGAAAUCAAUCAAUAUAAAUUGAACUAUAACGAAUUUAUACAUGUACAAUAUGAAGAAACAUCUAUCGACAAUAUUAUUAAUGAAAUGUAUGAAAAUGAACAAGUUUAUCCUUAUUUAAAUUUUUUCAAUUUAACAAAUAUCCAUGCAAUCAAUCCACUUGAAGAAUUUCGUAUCAAAAUGCGAACAAUGCCUCUAAGUGAAAAGAAUUAUCCAAUGACAACAUUUUUUCUAAAACGUCUAGAUGAUUAUGCUAAUAUUCAAUAUCUCUUUCCAAUUGUUAAAUUUACAAAUUAUCUUAUUGAAAAAUUUAAUCAUCGUAUUAAACGUAAUGAUGCCUAUGAGAAAACAAUCGCACACUAUUUGACUAGUGGAUUAGAUUAUGACAAUCUUGCUGAACUCUAUAAAGAUUUUGUUGAUGCAUGGUAUAAAUUGACUUUAACAGAAUUUCGAUUCGGUUGUCAAACGCCCAAAUUUGAACGAACUCUUUCACAAGAUGAUUUUGCCACGAAUACCAAAAUAGCGAUGGUUCUACUCAAUGCAUCAAAAGAUGAUGGUAGUCUUUUGCUGGCUGCUUGUUUACGAACUCUGGGCAAUUUACAAAAUCAAAUUGUCGAGUUCUUCCAUCGAACCAUUGUUGACGAUACAAUUAGUCAAUCGUAUCAAUAUUGUGCUGUGCCUGUUCAAGCCAUUCGAUCGGAACAAAUACUUCGACUUGAUAGUGAUCUUAUUAAUCAAAAAUUGAUCAUGGAUGGAUUCACAAUUAAUUAUGAAUAUGGAAAAUGUACUGAUGUCAUUUAUGAUUAUGAUGAAAUCGAAGUCACACUUCGUGAUAUGGUCAGGCGUCUACCAUUGAUCGAUACGGAAAAACUUCGUUUUCUCAAUUAUCAAUUCGAACUCUACGGUGAGAAUUCAUCUUUAAUUAUUGAUGUCCGUACACGAAUUCCACAAGAACCAUUGGUCAAUAAUGAACGUAGUAAACUAAAAAAUUUACUUAUCAUCAUGGACCACCAUAAAAUACUUCACUAUCUUGGUUCUCUAGAUUAUAUCUUUACUUAUUUACGAAAUAUCGAUAAAAAAGAAGACAAUUCAUUAACAACUAUUCAAACAUUUGUUGAACAAAACAUUCGUUCGAGUACUCUUCUCAACGACGAUAUCCUUCAACGACCACCAUUCUCAGCUAUGGCUCUCAAACAUAUUAUCAAUUGGUAUGAAUUAGUCGAAGAAAUAGCAUUCGAUCAAGUACUACGAAAUUAUAUUCGUGAAGAUCUACGCGAACAAGCCUUCGCUAUUGAUGAUUGCAAACGCAUUGUCGAUCAGUUUGUCCAUACGACAAUGAAGAACGGAAGAAUUGCACCAUGUCUUCAAAGUAUUGAUAGUUGGAUUGCUGUUUUGAAACGAAUAAUGGUGCGUGUGUUGUCGAAUGUCAAUGUUAGUUUAGAUGUUCCUUUACAACUCUAUCUUGAGCGCACUGAUUUUUGGACAAAUGAUAUAAGUGAAGAAGACAUUCAAUCGUUCGAGGUCAAUGAUGAAAUUCUCUUACGACAUACUUUUAUCAUUUUAAUCAGUCUGGAAAAGAAACGAGACAUAGCGAAUCCAUCGAAUGUUGAACAAUCGAGCAGUAAAAGUGGCCUACAAAAUACCGAUCAACAAAUAAAGCAAGCUAAAACAUGGUUUAUUAACAAUAAUCAAAAUAAAGUUGUCAUUGGCCAAUCAAAAAAUAAGAAGAAAGACCGCUAA